AUAAGACCAACAACAGAAUACACAACGAAGCCAACAACUGAGAAGACAAAAGAAUCUACAACUACAAUUAAAGACACAACUACAACACAGCUAACAACAGCUGUGAGCACAACAGAAUACAAAACCACAACACAACCACCAACCUCACAGAGCACAAAGGAAUACACAACACAACUAUCAACUACAGAGAGAACAACAGAAUAUACAACCACAACACGUCCACCAACAACUGAAAGUACAAGAGAAACAUAUACAACUCCAAUGGAAGAAACAACCACAACACAUCCACCUCCAACCGAGAGGACAACAGAACACAGAACCACAACACAUCCAUCAACAACUGAAAGUACAACAGAAUCAUAUACAACUCCAGUGGAAGAAACUACCACAACACAACCACCACCAAACGAGAGCACAACAGAACACAGAAUCACAACAUAUCCACCAACAACUGAAAGUACAACAGAUUCAUAUACAACUCCAGUGGAAGAAACAACCACAACACAACCACCACCAACCGAGAGCACAACAGAACACAGAAUCACAACACAUCCACCAACAACUGAAAGUACAACAGAUUCAUAUACAACUCCAGUGGAAGAAACAACCACAACACAACCACCACCAACCGAGAGCACAACAGAACACAGAACCACAACACGUCCAUCAACAACUGAAAGUACAACAGAAUCAUAUAAAACUCCCGUGGAAGAAACAACAACACAGCCACCAAUUUUACAGAGCACAACAGAAUACACAACCCAACAAUCAACAACAAAGAGGACAACAGAAUCAGAUACAACUCCAUUGGAAGAAACAACCAAAACACAAUCACCAACUUCAGAAAGUACAACAGAAUACACAACACAAGUACCAACAACUGAGAGCACAACAGAAUAUAAAACCACAGCACAACCACCAACAAGUGAGAGCACAACUCAACCAACAAUAUCGACGAAACAAUACACAACCACAACUCAGGCAACUACUGAAACUACAACCUCAGUAAAAUAUAGCACUUCAGUGUCAACAGUGUCCACAACAGAAUUAAUAAUAGUCACUGGCCCUGUUACCACCAAUCUAACUCCAAGGUCACCUCAAAAACUGUAUACGACUAUUAAUCCUACAAUUACGACCCCUUCUCUGACAUCUGUACUCAGUACUACAAUACCUACCACUGAACACACAACUCCAGUGUGUGAGUGUAAAGAUGUGAUGAGAAAUCAAAGCUGGUCGUGUGGAGAAACUUGGAGAGAGAAUUGUGCUGAUAAAGUCUGUAAGGCUGGAGUGAUUGAGGUCAAAUCUAUUACUUGUCCAACACCCACAAUCAGGACUUAUUGCCCAGGAAACAAGAUGUCUUUGGUCAAAGAUAAAGAGACUUGCUGCGAGAGCUGGGAGUGUGAUUGCCAGUGUCAGGUUUAUGGAGACCCACACUACAUCUCCUUCCAGGGGAUCGCAUUUGACUUCAUGGACAACUGCACAUACACUCUAGUGGAGGAGCAAGUACUGCAGCACCGAUUAAGCAUUACUGUAGACAACUACUACUGUGUGCCGGAAAUUGAUAAUUCCUGUUCUAGGGGAAUCACAUUAAAGUACUGGAAUGACAUUGCCACACUUAUGGUAACAGAGGAGUUCACGGUAGAGUCUACUUUGAACCAGGAGAUUAUAAGACCACCAUACGAAGAUCAGGUCUUCAAGUUUGAAAGCAGUGGUAGCCAGGUCUACAUGUAUAUCAAGCCUAUCCGCUCCUAUGUUUCUCUCACACCUUUCAACAAUCUGUUAAUCAACCUGGCAAUGGAGCACUUCCAAAACAACACCCAAGGACAGUGUGGUGUUUGUGGUGGGCAGUCGUGCAUACGAAGAAAUGGUGUAGUUGAAGAUGACAACUGCUGUGAUAAGACUGCAUAUGAUUGGGUUGUAGAAGACCCUCUGAAACCCUACUGCAAAUCUGCACUCACCAGUGUUCCUUGUGUCCCUACCUCGGCACCUCCACCUCCACCUUCCUGCAUCACCAGUGUUCCUUGUGUCCCUACCUCGGCACCUCCACCUCCACCUUCCUGCAAUCCUACAAUAUGCGACCUCCUUCACCAUGAAGUGUUUCUGAAGUGUGGUGAAACGAUCAAUAUUAUGGCUGUGGAGAAGAAUUGCCGGUUUGACUACUGUUCAUACAAUAGUCGUGUUGGUGCCUGUUCCUCUCUGGAGUAUGCAGCAUCAGAGUGCAAAAGGAUUGGUAUUUGUGUGGACUGGAGAUACCUUACCAAUGGCUCCUGUGAGAUCACAUGUCCUGAAGGAAUGAUGUACAACGAGUGUCAAGAGUCUCCAAAUGAUGUCUGUCAAGGCGGUGUUCGCGUGCCUGCAACCUCUGUGGUUGGUCUGAGAUCAGGUUGCUUUUGUCCAGAUGACCAGAUGCUUGCAGAAGAACACAAGAAAAUAUGUGUGUCUGAAUGCACAACAUGUAAAGGGCCAUUGGGUGAGCCCAUGCCGGUGGGGGCAGUAUGGGAAUCAAACUGUCAUAUAUGCACAUGUAAUAACCAGACUAGAACUGAAGAGUGCAUACCCAAACCUCGAGAUCCCACUCCAGUCUGCAGUGUCUACUCCAGUCUGGUCUCUGAUUGCUGUGACAACCAGAUCUGCACUGAGAAGAUUUGCGAGUACAAUGGAAUAACUUACAAGGUGGGUGAUCAGUGGACAGACCCUUCACGUCCUUGUGAGUCUUUCAGCUGUAGUCAGACAGGAACUGAGGUUGAGAAAACCGUGUGUCCGGUGCAAACCUGUGCUGAGGUGAGAAUGACCAAGCUUACCCCUGACAGGUUAAUGCCACAAAUGCCUCUCCGGGACUGCAAGAGAGUGGCCGAUGACAAGAGCCGCUUGCUUGGACGCACAGAGGGCAAGAUCGGAAAAGCAGCGGAGCUCCUCGAAUUCAGCAGGAGCCACGCCCCCCUGCUGCAUCAGCAUCCUUUAGCAGGUCCGCCUGUUAUGCCUGCAAUAUCGAAAUGGUAUGCAGGAAACCAGAGACCCGGCUUCCAGAUUCGGUUCGAGAGCAACAGAACUGGCGACCGAGGAUCUGGCUCGUCAGCCAGAUCCAACCGCAAGCCCCACGAUUGCAGACAGAGCUCUGCCUCGGCAGCAGAACCGGGGGGUGCAGACGCUUGGCUUCCGUCCUCCGCAAAGAGAGGCAAGCGGAAGCGCAGCAGCUUUAUCGUGAAAGAAUCACGAGAAUCUCGAGAGCUGACCAUGCAUGCUGCGCUCCCAGACACAUCACACAUAGCUCAUGGGGAUGGUGUGAUGGGUAAUAUUACAUGCACUGCCAGACUGAUAAGGAUGAACCUCACAAUUGCUGACUGCACACAGGAAGUCGAGCUGCCCAUUUGUGAGGGCCAGUGUGAGACACACAACAGGUGGGUUCAUACUAAUGACACACUUCAGCUUGAACAGAGUCACCAGUGCUGUAAGGAGAGAAGUUAUGAGAUGAGAGAAAUCACUCUGACUUGCAGUAAAAACUCCCCAACCCACUUCACAUAUAGACAUGUCACAGGCUGCGAAUGCAAGGUUGAAGGUUAA